GCCCACCCUGCAGAAAGAUCGCCCUCAGCCCCAGCUACGGACCCUACUACUACCGCAGCGCAAAAUGCACCCGCCUCCUCGGCCACGACCAGUAGCAGCAGUGUAGGAGGCCCGAGCGAGUCGGGCGCCGCAGCCUCUAAGGCCACAGCCGGUAUUCCUCCCUUUGCUACAGCAUUGGCGUUGUAGAGCUCGUUAUUUACGAAAUCAUCCGUUCAUGCCCCCUUCGCCUCCCAUGCCAUUGCCUUCCAUACUUGCGUGCAGGAUGGUCUGCGGCACUCGCAUUCGCGCCGACGCGUCGCCAGGCUGCUAAGGCCAAAGCCCCUGCUCCAAGGCUGCCUGUGGGAGCGGCGGUCGCGUUUUCACAGGUGGACACCGCGACGGCGACGAUAUCCAGCACUGCCGUGGUGUUUGCCCCGCCUUCUCUUGUAGAGGCGAGGCCCGCCAAGGUUGAAGAGACUUCGUCAAACCAUUCGCAGGCUCAAGGCCAGGGAUGGGGUCGGAAGGUCAAGCCUCCGUCCAUGGUUCUGGAUGAGGAUGUGAAUGGCUUCAAGUCGCGGAAGGCCGGAAAGCGGGAAGGUGGUGGUGGUGGAAAAAAGAAAGGCAAAAAGAACAAAAACGCGCAAGUCAUAGCUGUGUGGAACCCAGACGAAGCCUACGACCCAAUGCGACCGAACGACUAUAACGAGUUCAAGCUCUGGCAGCGCCGUGAACGUGAGGAACGCCGAGAACGUCUCCUUGAAGAACGCCGUCGUGGCGAAGAUCGCAAGCGCUACAGGCGAAGCAGCAGUUACUCUGACAGCUAUCGUAGUGCGUCCGAGGAUGAGCGCCCACGCAAGACAGGCCGGUAUGAGGAACGCGACCUUAUGGACGAGGACUACGACCGCCCCCGGGGCGGUAUUGGGGCGCCGUCCCAUCCUCCACCUUCGGUUGCGCCGGUGAAUAUCAGCAUGUCCGGAGACGAGGCUUACCAGCGUCGGCUUGCUCUAUCUCAAGGUUUCCAGCCUCCGGAGCCACCAGCACCGAGCUUCGCUCCCCCCACUUCGACGUCCUCGUUCACGACCUUCUCCGGCCUCGAGCCCUUUUCGGCCACACCCUCAUCUUCCUUCGACCAUUCUAGGCGCGGCGACGAAGGCAUCCCAGGGCUCAGCGAACCAUCUUCCCCAUCGCCUCCGCCGGCGGUGCCAAUCUCAGCGCAGAGCGGAGAAGAAGCGUACCUGCGUCGCCUGGCGUUGUCUCAGCAGAGCGCUCAGGCGCCGCGUGCACCUAGUCCGUUGCCGUUCGACGACGAGCCGCCCUCUCGGACAUCGUCUGUGCCUCCCCCGGCCAUUCUGCCGCCGCCUGUCAGUGCCCCGCCCGCGGCCCCGAUCACUGUGGACAAGAUCCAGAGCAGCAAGCAGGCGGCGGCAGCGAUCGCGGCACGGCUCAGCGCGCUCGCUCCGAAGGGCACUGGACCGUCCUUGGCCCCUCCGCCCACCGUCGCGGAACCAAGUGCAGGUGCGGCUUCUGAGGAGGCUGCAGAACCCCCGAAGAGACCCGACCCACACGGUUUCGCGGCUCGCCUCAUGGCUAAGUGGGGCCACAAAGAUGGCCAAGGGCUCGGCGUCGACGGUAGCGGGAUUGUGCACGCGCUCACAGUCGAGCAGGUCGCCCAGAACAAGAGCGGCAAAGGCAAGGCGAAGGGCGGCAAAGGUUCGACAGCGAUCGGGGGCAUUCCGUCAAAGAUGGGCAAGAUCGUGAACAUGAACGAGGACGCGAAGACGCGGGAGGAUAGGGAACGAUUCGGGGAGCCGAGCAGAGUGGUCGUGCUGACGAAUAUGGUCGGAUUGGAAGAUGUUGAGGACGAGGAUCUGCGAGAGGAGAUAGGCGAGGAGUGCUCGAAGAACGGGACUGUGGAACGCGUCGUCGUCCACGCCGUAUAUCCUCAGCCCGAGCAUGCUGAUGACGCAGUACGCAUCUUCGUGCUUUUCGCGGGACCCGUGGGCGCUUGGAAGACGGUGCGGGAGCUGGACGGGCGGUACUUUGGUGGGCGCAGCGUGCGGGCGCGGUACUUCCCCGAGGCGCAAUUCAAUGCUGCUGAGCUGGAUGUGCCGUUGUAGCUGCCUUUCGCUGCUAGUCUCGUCGCUUGUCGGAUUCUAUGGGGCAUAUAGUGUCUGCACUUAGCUGUCGUUGUAUUAUCACUCUGUCAUAGAAAACCGUUCAACCUCGCCGUAUCUGACAGAUAAACGUGCACGGUACGGUGUC